AUGUGCGUCGCAGCGGCAGGAGGCUACCGGAUCGAGACCAUCCGCUGCGACAAGGGAGGCGAGAACACCGGAUCCGAAUUUCGGGACUACUGCAAGAAUUCAGCUAUCAAGCUCGAAUACGCCGCCACCAACACCCCUCAACAAAUUGGUGAAUCGGAACGGGACGGACAAACCCUGGCCGGAGUCACCCGGUGUCUUCUGAAGGAUGGAGAUUUUCCGCCGUCCAUGUGGUGGCAGUUGAUGCUGACUGCAGCAUACCUGUUCAACAGGUCCCCACACUCAGCACUGGGAGGAGCUACGCCAUACUCGAAGUUGCACAAUAAGUCACCUGAUCUCUCGGGACUUCGGGUCAUUGGAGCGCGCGCCUUCGUACACCACGAGAGAUACCGAAAGAAGCUGGACGACAGAGCUUUCGAAGGCAAGCUAUGUGGUUUCGGCCUCGACAGCCAGACCUACCGGGUAUUGAAUCCAUCCAACGGGGCCGUGGUCGAGAGCCGGAAUUUGACUUUCAUCGAAUCUCUACCCCGCUCAGUGCCCUUCCAGUAUUCCACUGAAGCAAACGGGUACGAGAGCGACGUGCUGAGCUUCACCUCCCUGCUGGACAGCCCCCACUCGACGAGCGACCUGGACUUCACGGCGCAGAACGAACUCCUUCGGCAAGAAGUCCGGAAGAUGCAGCAAGAC